AUGGGGCAUUCACAUAAGAAUGUGGGUGCACUUGUAAUGAUAUUUGUUUUGGUGAUAGGGAUAGCAGAAUGCCGAAUGUUCAAAGAAGAAGAACUUGUUGAUGGAUAUGGAGGAGCUGGUUUAGGUGCUGGUGGUGGUGGUGGUGGUUUUGGUGGGGGUGGAGGUGCUGGCUCUGGUGGCGGGGUUGGUUUUGGAAGUGGCAAAGGUGGUGGUAUAGGAGCUGGAAUUGGUGGAGGUGGUGGAGCUGGAGGUGGUGCUGGUGGUGGUUUUGGAGGUGGACAUGGUGGUGGCAUUGGAGGAGGAGCCGGUGCUGGUGCUGGUGCAGGCUUUGGAGGUGGACAUGGUGGUGGCGUUGGAGGAGGUGGUGGAUUUGGAGGAGGGGGAGGUGGAGGUUCUGGUGGAGGCUCUGGAGGUGGUUCUGGUAUAGGCUUUGGAAGUGGUUCCGGUAGUGGUAGCGGUGGGGGAUCUGGUGGCGGUGGAGGUGGAGGUGGUGGAGGAGGAGGUGGAGGAGGAAGUGGAGGAGGAGGUGGAUUUGGUGGAGGUGGUGGCUUUGGAGGUGGACAUGGGGGUGACAUUGGAAACGUAGGAUCUGGCGGUUGCAACGGUAGUUGUGAAGGUGGUGGAUAUCCACCACCAUAG